AUGCUGACCGUCAAGCUCUACAUACCCCAGGUGCCCCAUAGGCGUGGCUUCCCGCUGUCAAUACUGCAGACUCGCGGCGCCACCCGAGGACAGGGCGAUGCUACUGGUGUUCCAGGAUACCCCUUAGUUCAGAACGAGCCUGCCAGCCAAGAAAAUGUCGAUUAUGAAUCUCACGGAAUGAAGGUUGUUGAAUAUUUAUCUAAACGCGACGGCGGUCUGCUCGCUCUGGAGCAGAUGUGGCGGGAACAUUUCAUAAACGUCAUGAAGCCUAAUUAUUUGCCUGAUCUGUGGUCCGUCAGAACACAACGGAAGAGAGGACAUAAAGUUUGCGGGGCGACCCCCGCUCGCAUGCAAAUCGAGUUGUCAGAAAGAAGUGUCCGCGACCGCCGCGCCGUCUCUUUCCAACCGCACCCGCUCGAGCGCGAGCGACAGAGAGCUACAUACGCUUCAGAAGCGAGAACGAAAGAGACGGAGCCGGAUACAGCUGGUUAUUUAAUAUACUACAAUCACGAGAUCAGAGAAAAGCCUUUAUGCCAGUUGGCGAGCGGCGGUGGCGGCGGGCGCGGCCUGUUCUGCUACCACUGCCCGCCGAGCUUGCCGCCUCACCAGCACCGCCUGCCGACCCUCGAGUACCCGUUCACGGCUUCACACCCAUAUACAAGUUAUUCAUAUCAUCCGGCGAUACACGAUGAUACGUUCGUACGUCGGAAACAGAGGCGGAACCGCACCACAUUCACUUUACAGCAGCUCGAAGAAUUGGAGACGGCGUUCGCCCAGACUCAUUAUCCGGACGUGUUUACACGAGAAGAUCUAGCUCUCAAAAUCAACCUCACGGAGGCCAGAGUGCAGGUCUGGUUCCAGAAUCGUCGAGCAAAAUGGAGGAAAGCUGAACGAUUGAAAGAAGAACAAAGAAAGCGAGAAGGAGCUGAUGUGCUAACGAAGAGAGACCCCGCUGAUGAUAAGGGGUCGUCGGAAUGCGGAAUGUCUCGAGGGUCUGCAGAGGCGUCUCCCGUGUCUGCGGCGGCGUCACCCCGCGCAUCCCCCCCGGUCACCCCCGGCUCUCCGCGUCGAUCGCCAACACGUUCCCCUAACAGAUCACCUAGACUUGAAAGGUCUGAAACUAGCUGUGCAUCUCCAGCUCCGUCGGUCGGCAGCGCCGGUUCCAGAGAAGCUGCGAUGGAGCAAAGACCCCCACAUCACAUCUUCUCUCCUUUCGACCAUUCCGGUGCGUUCCGUUCGUCGCCAGGUGGCGCGCCGAGCGAGUCUGCCGCUUCUCACCCGCCGCCCCUCUUCCUGCCCCCCCACUUGUCACAUCUGUCGCAGCAUCUCAAUCAUUUAUCACAGCCGUUCUUCCCAUUAAAAGGCUGGGGUGCUCCGUGUCCGUGCUGUCCCAAAGAGGAAGCGAGGUCGUCGAGCGUCGCCGAGCUGCGGCGUAAAGCUCACGAGCACUCCGCCGCGCUGUUGCACUCGCUGGCCAGCUUCCAGUCGCGGGCCUUGCUGCCGCUGCCGCUGCACUUACCGCCGCUGCCGCUGGCCUUACUGCCGCACGACGCGCAGCACCAGCCGAACUCCGCGCCGACCGAACCACCGAAGCACCUUGAAUGAUUCUCGUGAGCUGAUAAACGGACUUCCAAAAAAUUUCAAAUAUGUAUAGCCAAUCAGUGCAGUUACCUAAUCUUUAUUUCUAGGAUUUGUUUCAUAGUGAACUAGCUGAGCAAAUUUUGAGAUUCUAUGCGAAAAUAGUUAACUGAGCCACCGAAGCACCUUGAACGAUUCUCGUGAGCUAAUUAACGGACUUCCAAAAAAUUGCUAAUAUGUAUAUAUAUAAGUAAUAACCAAUCAGUGCAAUGUCUAUUGUAUACCCAAUCUUUAUUUCUACGAUUUGUUUUAUAGUAAAGUAGCUGAGCAAAUAUUGAGAUUCUAUGCGAAAAUAGUUAGAAUUGCCACCGAUAUAGAUUAAGCAACUAACAAAUGAGAUUUAUCUAUAAAAAAAU